AUGGUUCCCGUCUCCUUCCUCGAGCUUUCACUCUCCUUGGUCUUCCUCGUCGUCCUCUACUACCUCCACCUGAGGUCCAGGCGCAAGAACCCAGCGAUCCCGCUGGACUGGCCGCUGGUGCGCAUGCUGCCGUCUCUCCUCGGCAGUCUCCCGCGCCUCCACGACUGGGCCACCUCCCUCCUCAGCGUCAGCGAUCUCAACUUCCGCAUCAUCGGCCCGCUGCACUCGGGGAUGCAGCUCUUCUUAACCUCCGAUCCUGCCAACGUCCGCCACGUCUUCACCUCCAACUUCCCCAACUACCCCAAGGGCCCCGACUUCGCCGAGAUCAUGGACAUCCUCGGCGGUGGCAUCUUCAACGCCGACGGCGACUCCUGGCGCCACCAGCGCGCUAAGGCGCAGCUGCUCAUGUCCGGACCCUGGUUCCGGGCCUUUGUGUCCCAGUGCAGCCGCCGCAAGGUGGAGAGUGACCUACUCCCGCUGCUCGCCCACGUCGCCGCCGCCGGCACCGGCGAGUGUGACCUCAUGGACGUGUUCCUCAGGCUGACAUUCGACAUGACGACCACGCUGGUGUUCGGCGUCGACCCGGGCUGCCUGGCCAUUGGCUUCCCGGAGGUGCGGUUUGCGCGUGCUAUAGACGACGCCAUGGACGUACUCCUCAUCCGCAAUGUACUCCCGCUGUCGUGGUGGAAGCUGGUACGGUGGCUCGGGGUAGGGUACGAGAGGAAGAUGGCGGUGGCGCAGCGCGAGAUCGACCGGUUCAUUGGCGACACGAUCGCCAAGAGGCGUGAGGCGGUUAAAGCUAGAGGCGGAAACGAGGACUCGGACACGACGGACCUGCUCUCCUCCUACAUCGACGACGAUGAUGCUGGCAUGACUGUGGACGUCUUCCUCCGCGACACGACCAUGAACCUUAUGCUCGCUGGCCGUGACACGACUGGCUCGGCGCUGUCCUGGUUCUUCUAUCUCCUCACCAAGAACCCGCACGUGGAGUCCAAGAUCUUGGAAGAGCUCGACACCAUCAAGGCCACCACCACCACCGUGGACGGCAAUGGCAUGGCAACCUACGACCCGGAUGAGCUGAGCCGGCUCGUGUACCUGCAUGCCGCCCUGUGCGAGGCUCUCCGGCUAUACCCUCCGGUGCCGUUCGAGCACAAGGGCGUGGUGGCGGCGGAGACGCUGCCGAGCGGACACGAGGUGCGGCCGGGGGACAAGAUCAUCGUGUCGCUGUACGCGAUGGGGAGAAUGGAGGCCGUGUGGGGCGAGGACUGCCGGGACUUCCGGCCGGAACGGUGGAUCUGCGAGGACGGCAAGCCGCGGUACAUGCCGUCGUACAAGUUCGUGUCCUUCAACACCGGGCCACGGACCUGCCUCGGCAAGGACAUGGCGUUCGUGCAACUCAAGGUGGUGGCGGCCACCGUGGUGCGGAACUUCUUGGUGGAGGCCGUGCCGGGGCAUGUCGUCGAGCCCAACGUCUCCAUCAUUCUCCACAUGAAGAACGGCUUCAAGGCCAAGAUCAAGAGGAGGCAGGUGAUGAACAAUUGA